AGGAAGACCAUUCAGAAAGGAAAACUCAUGGAUUUCACAAGCACGGUCAUCAUCCCGCUGCUUUUUGGCAGCUUGGGGAUCUUCGCCCUUUUUCGGCUACUGCAGUGGAUGCGGAUGCGAGCCUACCUCCAGGAAGCAGUGGUCGUGAUCACAGGGGCUUCCUCCGGCCUGGGCAAAGAAUGUGCAAAAGCCUUCCACGCAGCUGGCUGCAAGCUGGUGCUCUGUGGCAGAGACAGCGAGAAACUCAAAGAUCUGGCGGAGCAGCUUUCUACCGUCACCAAUCACCGAAAGAACACACACAAACCUCACACUGUGGUAUUUGACCUCUCGGACACUAAAGCUGUCCUUAAUGCUGCUGAAGAGAUCCUGAAGUACUUGGGCCACGUGGACAUACUGAUCAACAACGCAGGCAUCAGUUACCGAGGCACAAUUGUGGACACAGGACUGGAUGUGGAUAAGAAAGUGAUGGAAACAAAUUAUUUCGGUCCUAUAGCCCUCACCAAAGCACUUCUACCCUCCAUGAUCAAGAGGAGACAAGGCCACAUUGUGGCCAUCAGCAGUGUUCAAGGCAAAAUAAGCAUUCCUUUCAGAUCUGCGUAUGCUGCCUCUAAGCACGCUACCCAGGCCUUCUUCGAUUGUCUGCGAGCAGAGGUGGAGCAGUAUGACAUCGAUGUGACGGUUGUGAGCCCCGGAUACAUUCAGACAAACCUCUCUCUCAACGCUGUGACAGCAGAUGGAUCUCGCUAUGGAGUUAUGGACAAGAACACCGCCGAGGGACAGACAGCCGCAGAGGUCGCUCAGGUGGUUCUCAGUGCAGUGGGGCAGAAGAAGAAGGAGGUACUUGUAGCUGGCCUAACACCCUCCCUGGCUGUCUACCUGCGAAACCUUUGCCCCAGGCUCUUCUUCACCUUAAUGGCAACUAGAGCAAAAAAGGAGAGAAAAGAAAAGGACUCUUAGAGCUCAGCUCAUCGAGCAGGAACUGUAGGGAGAGGCAAACCCCCUGCAGUUUGGCUGGGGCAUCAGUGGAGGUGCUCCUGCAGGAAAAACCUCAAAAUGCUGC